AAUAAGGAACAACUGUGCAUGACCUCUGUUCGGAGAUAAGAAAGUAUCUAACAGAAACCAAAAGUACAUUUUUUCCAGACUGCUGGUAACUUGAUCUGUUCGGGAGCCGUAUAUGAUUUAUAAUAUUAAAUAAAUGGAUGUUUUGGAGAAGCUGAGCUUAACGGGAGAGAGACUGGACACUGCUCCACAGGGCGCUUCAGUACUGCCUUGUUCACACCGUUUUCUUCAAGGAAGUCUACAAAAGAAACCAUGUUGAUAGACACUGCAGUGAGGAUACAAUCACUUCUUGUGUUCCAUGUCUGCAUUCAACUUUCAUUGAUGCACCAAACGGCCUCACAGAAUGCAUUAGCUGUGCAGUGUGUGAUCCUGCACAACCAGUUCCUGAACUGCUGUUUUUGGAGCCCGGAAUGAACCAUGUUCGGUACAGAAGGCCAGGCAGGACGGGAAAUCCAAACCUUAUUCCUUUAAACAAGAACUCUGACCGUUUUCACUGUGGAUCUAUCGCUGUUUUGUUUGGUGAGCUCCUCCCCUCGUCGCCAUCGCGCUGGGCUUGUUCAACAAAAACAGACGAUCCCACUUCAGGACAAAGAAAAAGAUUCUUCUCUAAGGAACGGAAAACCUGGACAAGGAAUUAAUGUACAGAGAAGAUGAGCUGCAUCAGAAAAACUGAAAGGAAAAGUUGUUUUCUUGUUGGUCUGCCAACUGUAAAACUGUCAAUAGCAUGAAACAAACUUAAAUAAUUUUGCAGAUGAUCUAAAGCUUCUGAACAAGACAGAUGAAAUGUGCAGGAUUUUGCAUUCUUUACCAGAAGAGACUGAACCAGCACUUUUAUCAUGAUCUCUGGUUUGCAGAUCAUCUUUAUUGCUGCUAUUAUUUCCUCAAAUUUUGAACACUGUUUUGGCUCAUGUGCCUGGGCUGAGUAUGAGAUAGGUGGAGAAUGUUGUCCCAUGUGUUCACCAGGAAACCGGGUUUAUAGACACUGCACACAGGAUACGAGCACUACCUGUGUUCCAUGCCUUCCCUCAACUUUCCUUGAUGCACCCAACGGCCUCAUAAAAUGCUUUAGCUGUGCAGUGUGUGAUCCUGGUCAGGGUUUAAGAGUAAACACUGCCUGCACUCAGUCAUCAAAUACAGUCUGUGAGCCAGUAGAUGGAUAUUACUGUACUGAUCAGUACAGUGGCAGCUGUAGACGAGCUGACAAACACAUAAACUGCAGCCCUGGACAAUAUAUAAAGCAGAAAGGAACAGCAUCUAAAGAUACUGAAUGUGCUGAAUGUCCAGAUGGUACCUUUUCAAACGGCUCUCUUCAGAUUUGUCAGCCACAUUCAAAAUGUGAAGAUCUGGGACUCACAGAAAUAAAACCAGGAACACGUUCUUCUGAUGCUGAAUGUGGAAAUAAAACUCCAGCUGCUCUAAUAGCUGGAAUUAUAGUUUCUGUUCUCAUUGUGGCUGUAGCAGCAGCAGUUAUCGUGCUUGUCAAAAUUAAAUGUAAGACUUUCUCAUGUCGAGACUGGUUUGAGAUUCAGCCAGCUGAGAAAAAUCACACAACUCCAGUAGAAGAAACUGGAUUUGAGGAAUCUACAGCGCUCUCAUCAGUGAUGACAAUGUUGACUAAGCCUCCAGACAGUCAGGAGCCUGACCAGUCACACCUGAACACAAGCAGCUCUGGCAAUCCUGCAAUCUGAACUAGCAGCCUCAGGAAAAAAGAUAGAUAGACUCUAGGAAGUGCCGUGGUAGCCCUGGUCAUGUGUCAUUUCCUCCUGGAAUCUCAGAAUGCAGGAUCGUGGGAAUGGCCAAUCUUGGAACACACUUGUGCUUGUGACCCUGAGCAACAUGAGCUGAAGCAUGUGGAGAAGAUCUGGUUUUAGGCAGUGCAGGACUUCGCUAAACAGUGGAGCAACUGUGCAUGAUCCUGAAUAAACUGACACAGCGUGCAGUUUCACUGUCUGUCUGCUACAGGAAGUACAAAAGGAAGCAGUUUGCUUAGAUAAGCAACUGCUUUUGUUGCCAUUCCUUGGGUUUAUAAAUCGUUGCUGUCCAAUGAAAAAUGUAUCUCCAUUUUUUUGCGAUUUUUACUUUUCAGCAUCAUUUGAGCUCAGCAGCUGUCUUUUACGUUGAGUAAAAAUUUCAUAAUGACUGGACCAAUAGAAAUGCUUCAAAAUUGCUUACCACAAAAUCUCUUUACAUUAACUUACAUUAAAAGGUAAGAGUGCUUUUGCCCUCUCCUGUAAAGUUACUGUGACUAAAUGCUGUGUGAUUAGUCUGUAGCCUUCAGUUUUGAAAUAAUUAAUAUUUAAGCACUCCUUCCAUUACUCUAGAAAUGCCUGUGCAACUAACCUUUUUUUAACCCAUAAAUGCCCAGGACCUGCUGGCGGGUCCAAGCUUUUACUACACACUAAUACAAUUUAAAAUAAUAUAUAUUUUAAUAUUAAUAAAGCCAUAAUAAUGGCAAUUCCAGAAAAAUAGCCAUACAAAUCUUUUUGCUAACUUGGUGUGGUUGACAAUUACUCAUUAAAUGACCCUUUUGUCCUUUUAACAUUUGUAAUAUUUGACUUUACUGAUACAACUUUAAUUAUAAAGAUGUGCCUUUUCUCUGGCAUUGGUGUAUAAUAUGUAUGUAUUUUAUGUGCAGUCUUAUGCAAAAUAUACAAAAUCUUUGGCA